AUGUCUCUCAUGACUAUCGAGAGUCGGGAUAUAAGCCCAGAAGAGAUAGAUUUAAAGAAUGAACCUUGGUAUAAAUUCUUUUCGGAAUUGGAGUUUGGGAAACCGACUAAUCUAGAAAAAGAUCUCAACCUCUACCAAACAGAGUUAGAGGCAGAUUUAGGAAAAAUGGAGACGCUUAAUAAAGCACCCAGGGCAGACCUGUCACAGAGCUCCGCUGUCAGCCCCGCUCCGGAAAUUUCUUCAGAGCCUCCUGGAUAUAUAUAUUCUUCCAACUUCCACGCAGUGAAGAGGGAAUCAGAUGGGGCUCCUGGGGAUCUCGCUGGCUUGGAGAACGAGAGGCAGAUUUAUAAAAGCGUCUUGGAAGGUGGAGACAUUCCUCUCCAGGGCCUGAGUGGGCUCAAGCGACCCUCCAGCUCGGCCUCCACUAAAGUGGAUCGUAAAGGUGGGAAUGCUCACAUGAUUUCUUCAUCUUCAGUCCAUAGCCGAACGGUUAACACUAGCAAUGCAUUAGGCCCUGUGUGUAAGCACAAGAAACCCCUGUCCGCUGCGAAAGCCUGCAUUUCGGAAAUCCUUCCCUCCAAAUUCAAACCCAGGCUCUCUGCGCCCAGUGCUCUUUUGCAGGAACAGAAGAGUGUUCUGUUGCCAUCAGAGAAGGCUCAGAGCUGUGAGAACCUGUGUGUUUCCUCUUCUCUGAACGAUGCCAAGAGAGGUCUGCCCCGCCAGGUAGGGGGGAGCAUCGAGAACCUGCUCAUGCGCUCCCGGCGGGAUUAUGACAGCAAGUCGAGCAGCACCAUGAGCCUGCAAGAGUACGGCAGCAGCGCCAGGCGGCCCUGCCCGCUCUCGAGAAAGGUUGGCAUCCAGUUCUCCAUGUUCUACCGGGACAUGCACCAGAUCAACCGAGCUGGCCUCUUCCCGGGAUCUGUCACCUCCUCCAGUGUGCGCGAUCUGGCUUCCCACUUUGAAAGGAGCGGCCUGGCGUUGGCCAGGGGUGACCUGGGCCCCAGCCAGGAGGGCUCGGAACACAUCCCCAAGCACACCGUCUCCUCCCGCAUCACAGCUUUUGAGCAGUUGAUUCAGCGGUCCCGGUCCAUGCCAUCCCUGGACCUUUCCGGGAGGCUGAGCAAGUCCCCCAUGCCGGUGUUGGCCCGGAGCGGCCUGAGCGCAGCCCGCUCGGCUGAGUCCCUCCUCGAGUCGACCAAGCUGCAGCCCAGGGAGAUGGAUAGGAUGAACCCCCGGGGGGUCUACGCCUCCCCCUCGUGCAGCAAUAUCGUGGACCCCUCCUUGGGCCUCAGGGGCCUCAUGCACUCUGAGCCCCUCUCUACCUGCUCUGACGACCUUGACCGCUGUUCAACCCUCUCCAGUGACAGCAGAGAGGGCAGCAGUGGCAGUGUCCACGGAGACUUCCCCAAACACCGCCUCAACAAGUGCAAGGGUACCUGCCCGGCUUCAUACACCCGCUUCACCACCAUCCGCAAGCAUGAGCAGCAGCAGAGCCCCCGGCAGCCUGACUGGCGCCUGGAUUCCAGAGGGGACAAGAGCACACUCCUCAGGAACAUCUACCUAAUGAGCCCCCUCCCUUUCCGGUUGAAAAAGCCCCUCCAGCACCAGUCCAGACAGCCUGCCACUGGCGACUUCUCAGGCCCCCCGGAGGGCCAGAAGCCAGACCUCCCCAGUCAGCCCCACCAGGACGAGCCCGGCUCUCGGGGGAAACCCUCAGUUCCCAAACGCCUGUCCUCCCGACACACCAUGGCCAGGCUGAGCCGGAUCUCAGAACCCCCUCAGCAGAGACCCGAGGUCCCCGAGGACUGCUUGAGGGCCUUUAAUAAUGGGAACUCUGUGCCGUUCACAGACCACGGCCUGGACAGGAACAACAACCCACAAAGUGAACUGGGAACGACCCUCGGAGAUUCAGAAUCACCAAGGCAUUUUAUACCAGCUGAUUAUUUGGAAUCCACAGAAGAAUUUAUUCGAAGACGUCAUGAUGAUAAAGAGAAACUUUUAGCGGACCAGAGACGGCUUAAGCGCGAGCAAGAAGAGGCCGAUAUUGCAGCUCGACGCCACACGGGCGUCAUUCCGACACACCAUCAGUUUAUCACUAAUGAGCGCUUUGGGGACCUCCUCAAUAUAGACGAUACAGCCAAAAGGAAAUCUGGGUCAGAGAUGAGACCUGCCAGAGCCAAAUUUGACUUUAAAGCUCAGACGCUAAAGGAGCUUCCUCUGCAGAAGGGAGAUAUCGUUUACAUUUACAAGCAGAUCGAUCAAAACUGGUACGAAGGAGAGCACCACGGCCGGGUGGGAAUCUUCCCACGCACCUACAUCGAGCUUCUCCCUCCUGCUGAGAAGGCUCAGCCCAAAAAGCUGCCACCCGUGCAGGUUUUAGAAUAUGGAGAAGCUAUUGCCAAGUUUAACUUUAACGGUGACACGCAAGUAGAAAUGUCCUUCCGAAAGGGUGAGAGGAUCACGCUGCUUCGACAGGUGGACGAGAACUGGUACGAAGGGAGGAUCCCAGGGACAUCCCGGCAAGGCAUCUUCCCCAUCACCUAUGUGGACGUGCUCAAGCGGCCACUGGUGAAAAACCCCGUGGAAUACAUCGACCUGCCUUACUCCUCGCCGAGUCGUAGUGCCACCGCAAGCCCACAGCAACCUCAAGCCCAGCAGCGAAGAGUCAUCCCAGACAGGAGUCAAACCUCACAAGAUUUAUUUAGCUACCAAGCAUUAUAUAGCUAUAUACCACAGAAUGAUGAUGAAUUGGAACUCCGAGAUGGAGAUAUUGUUGAUGUCAUGGAAAAAUGUGAUGAUGGAUGGUUUGUUGGUACUUCAAGAAGGACAAGGCAGUUUGGUACUUUUCCAGGCAACUAUGUAAAGCCUUUGUAUCUAUAAGAAGACUGAAAACCACAGAGAUUAUUUUUAUUGGAGGAUGAAACAUAAUUCAUGAACCCGUCUCUUUAUUUAAAUGUCGAGUCUGUAGGAAAACUAAAGCAGUGGAGAAGGUAAAAAGUGAAAGAAAGAGACAGAGAAGCAUUGUGUUUAAAAUCUGAGCCUGUCUCAGCAUACUGUGUAUCAGACAGGGUUGAGCCAUGCACUGAACAAAAAGGAAUGAGGCAAAUCUGUAUUUACUUAGCUGCUUCUGGGAGCCAUCCAGCCUUCCCCUCCUCUCCUGCUCUUGGGUAAUCUGACCUGCAGCACAGUCCAGGAGCAGUUAGGCCAGAAAUGCCUCUUAUUAUCCCAACCUCGACCAGCUCCCGCUCAAAGGGGCCCUUCCGCAUGAAGCAGCCCUUGCGGUGCCAGGCAGACCCCCACCUUCUCCAGAGACCCCAUACAAAGCUUUCCCCAGCUCUCACCCCCAGCUGCCCAAGAACCCGAUGACUCCCCAACACUACUGAUGAUCGGCCCUGGGCUGCUGAAGCUGUCCUGUUCCCCUAAAUGUCCCAAGACCGAGUCCCUCGCUGGACCUGCUGAGGAACCCAGGGAAACAGAGGCUGAUUGUAGAUGCUCUGUGCACUCAGCCUGCACGCAGCAUUGCCAUCGCCAGCCCUGGGGUUCACGCAGAAAUGCACACAGGUUUUGCUGUGGGAGCGAGGCAUCCAGGCACAGAGGUUGCGUUUGUAUUUCCAAAUGAUUAAGUUAAGAAGCCCUGAGCUCUUGAGGUCAUUUGCAGUGUCCUGCUUUCCCAUAUCACUGGCUUCUAUAAAUGAUCACCUUCAACGUGGCAAGUUGCAUUUAUCAGGACACUAUUGCCAACUUUUUCUGGUGUGUUUUUGGCUGGAUCAGUCUGUGAUGGACAACUCACAGAGAACUACGGGAGGUGUUCAGUGAUUCAUUUCCACACACUGAUGUGCACUGGAUGUCGGGGACACCGACGCGCGAGUGUGCUCCAAGCCUUGGAAGAGACUCGCCGUGUCUCUGUUUCCACUCCCCCUGCAAGUUCGAGGAGCAAAAAUGCCAGAACCCAGGGUUAUGAAUCCUGGCGAGACUUCUCUUCAUGGCACAAGGUGCAGAUGCUGUGGUCCCCGAGGAUGAGGCCCAGUUCUGUCACUCCCAGGAAGGCUGCACUUUGUGGGGUCAGACCUGAACAGGGAGGCCCCUGGGGUGUCUGGGCCAACACAGCUCUACCCAAUUCAAGGAUGCUUGUCAAUCUCUCUGUUCCAACAGACAGGGGAGGAUAGAAAUGAUCCAUUCCCUACCUGUUGGGAACUCAGAGGUAACUGGGGAGACAGAUAUUGAAUCAAGAGAGACUGUGAUAUGUGUGAAGAAGGAUGUGAGAGAGGAAGAGAAUUUUUCCUGGAGGGAUUCUAGAAAGCAUUGUCAUAUUUCUGUCUCCAUUAGCUCACUUUUCAACGACAAGGGUGCUGGAAGAAACCUUGGCGAGGGAAGUAUAUGGCUGGAAAUACUUGGACCUGUUUCUAGUCUUUAAAAUCUCAUCCUCCCCAUAAGCGGCAUGGCAAUUCUAGGUGGUAGGAUGUGCACAGCAACCCUAACUCUACAUAUUGCUCACAAUUGCCCCAGAAUGGUUGUUCCAAAGUCUGAAGUCUUUACAAGUAGGCAAAGUUUUGUGCCUAUGCCUCAGAUUCUGUGUCUGCUACCCAUCUUAGGGUGCCACCUGCCCGCCCCACAUCAGACAGCCACAGUAUCCUUGCUCUCACUCUGUCCUCUUUCAAAUCAUGCUCUCAGGAAAGAAACUGGCUCCUUCCUACUAAAGUAUAAAUGACUGAUAAGAGGAAUCAGUCAUUUACUGAUAGAUGUUUGCUUUUAACUAGUACAGAGCAGAAGCUUAAUUCCAUGGGAAAAGAUGAUGGAACUAAUGGUGGGGACAGGAGUGGAGGAGCUUCCUGGGUAGAAAAGACCUUCUUGAUAUUCCUUAAACAAGACCCAGUGCUUUGGAAAGACCACUGCACCAAACAGGGACACUUUUUGGGGGGAGAAGGGGGGGCUUAACACUCAAUCUCUGAGGGAAUAUAGUGCAAGUGCAUGUACUCAUGCAUUUUGCAGCAUUUCACCCAUUUGGAAUAUAAUUCUUGUAUUGGCUAAUGUGAUUUCUGGUAUUUCUUAAAUGCAAACCAUUAAAUCACAUGAUCUUAUCUAAUAGGUUUUUUUGGGGGGUGCUUCUUGAUUAGGUAAUUUGGAACACCUCUUUAAAUACAGCUAGAAAAUAAAACCAAUUUGUAAAGCCACAUUUGCAUAUGAUGCCAACCUCACACAUCUGUGUAUCCCAAAACCCAAAUAUGCCUCACCAAUAUGCCCGUCUUUAAGAAAAUCAUGUUAAAAUUUGCAUCAAACUUCAGCUUCCUCUAUAUGACAAAACCAUGAACAAAGGUUUCCAAUUAUUCUUUUGUCUUCAGACAUUUAGUAAUAUAAAAUACCUAUUUUUAUGCUGAAAUGUUUAUACAAGUUUAUUAAUAGCAAGUACAACUAACUGGCGGCAUGCCUUGUGACACAUUUUGAUAUAUUAGCCAUGCUUCUGGGUAAAGGCUAGUCUGAAACUCCUUAUCUUUUGCAGUCUCUCUGGGAUCAGUAAAAGAAAAAAAUGCUUCAGAAGUGGGACUGUAAAUAUGUAUAUUUUGUAUAGCCCGUGUACCUACUUUGUAUAGAAAAAUAAUUUUAAAAAAUUUGAACUGAAGGGGGGUAAAAUAAGGAGGUCAUGAAGUUUUUUGCAUUUUUAUUUAAAUGAAGGAAUUCCAAAUAACUCACCUGCAGAAUUUUAGCACAAAAAUAGCCAUUAUAAAUUGUUCAAAUUCUAAAUAAUCUUUCUUGAAGAGAAGGUAACUUCUAUCUCAGUUAUAGGAUUAUUUUUUGGUUUUGUUUUAUUUUUGCAGUCCUGUUUCUCUGCAGUGAUGUUAGGGACUAUUGCUAGAACAGAUUACUACAAAAAAGAUUAUAUUCUGGAAGAAAAAUAACUGACGUAUAUAACUGAUUAAAGUAUUGCCAUUUAAAUUACACAUCAAGGGCAUGUACUAUGCAGGCACAGAUUUUUCCGGUUCAUUUAUUUUUCUUUAUUGCAGUGGAUUGAUUUGAUAGAUGUGUUAAUUCGAGAAAUACAUUUGCUGUACAUAUUAUUUAAUAAACUUUAUUCAGAAUUAUGUGGCAUAUGUUUGUCUUUACUUUGUUUCUUCCUUUCCUUGCCACACUU